ACCAGAGCAGAUGGGAACCAGAGCGCUGUGAGAAAAAGCACGGUGAAUUUUGACACAUAGCCAUUCCCUCUUGGGCAGCACUCCAACAGUGUGCAGGAUUGACCAGAGUGCCACUCUGGGGAAAAGCUCUUCAGCGGUUCAGAGGCCCGUUCGUGUGUCCUGCUGGUCUUGCAGGUCCGGUUUUAACACAGGAAGCAACCAGAGCGACUUCACCAGCAUCUCCUCCACAACAACGUUCGACAACGUUUACUGCAGUGUGUGGUGAAAAAAAGAAAAAGUUUUAUCAGGCAAAAGUGAUAGUGGAUACGACCGUGGAUCGAAGAUAGUGGCUAGCUGGAGUGAUUAAGUGAUUUGCAAACCAGCGUCAGCAUCAAAAAAAGGUCCCCGUGACCUCAACCAAACGCAUAACGCGCACCCUCUCAGCACAGGAUUUGAACGCGAAAGCAGCUGCAUCCAGUGUUUACUUGGCCACCAGCGACUAGUCCAUCGAGUUUUUCCCGUCGGAAUUUUCCAUCCGCCAAAGACCAACGACAGACGACUGCAAAGAGAUGGCCGGAGGUGGUGAUCCAAAAUGGCAGAAAGAUGCGUCCGAUCAGAACUUCGACUACAUGUUCAAGCUGCUCAUCAUCGGUAACUCCAGCGUCGGCAAGACCAGCUUCCUGUUCCGCUACGCAGAUGACUCGUUUACCUCCGCCUUCGUGUCGACGGUGGGCAUCGACUUCAAAGUGAAAACCGUGUUCCGCCAUGACAAGCGGGUGAAGCUACAGAUCUGGGAUACGGCUGGACAGGAACGGUAUCGCACAAUAACGACAGCGUACUAUCGCGGAGCGAUGGGCUUCAUUCUGAUGUACGACAUCACCAAUGAGGAAAGCUUCAACUCGGUACAGGAUUGGGUAACACAAAUCAAAACCUAUUCCUGGGACAACGCACAAGUAAUACUGGUCGGUAACAAGUGCGACAUGGAGGACGAACGAGUAAUCUCCUUCGAGCGUGGCAAACAGCUAGCCGACCAGCUGGGCGUGGAAUUCUUCGAAACAUCCGCCAAGGAAAAUGUGCACGUCACGGACGUCUUCGAGCGACUGGUAGAUAUCAUCUGCGAUAAGAUGUCGGAGAGCUUAGAUUCCGAUCCAACACUGGUAGCCGGAGGUCCCAAGGGCCAGCGAUUGACGGAUCAGCCCGGCCAAGGGCCACCGAACGCGAACUGUAACUGCUAAAACUUGCGACCACUUCAAUUUGUACGGGGUGACUCCUAUCCUGCUGCGCCAGGCGGUUAGUGUGUUGGGUGUAGCGCUGAGCGAAAAGAACCCUGGAAGAACCUUACACCCACAAAAACCACACAAAAUGGCCCCGAUCAAAAAGCUACAACACAAAAACAGACUCACACAAACACACACACCUUUAAGCACUCGUUAUGCUCACGAGCUGAAAGCAGCUCACGGAAGCAGUUCAAAAUCGUAGAAUCGAGUUUCCUUGCCAUAAAACCGCACACGCGAGUGAUAAAGUCCGAGUCCCCGGUCAAAAACAAAGACAGGAACAAAAUCUACCGCUUACUGUCCGAACGUACAAUCGGGGAUGUCGAACGGCGGCAUCUAGGGCUCGAAAAAUUGGGAAUCUAUGCAGGGGUCACAUAAAACAUUUGGCGACGGGUUAAGGGACGAGCAUAAGGGCGAGCAGCUAUUAAAGGUGGUAAACUAUUGUACUUUGGUUUCUAGGUGGCUUUUCUUAAUGACAAAAAAAGAAACCCAAAAGAAAAGAAUGGAACAAACAAACACAAAAUCGAAUCUAAUCACUUAUCUUAUGUACACACGCAUACAAAACUCGUUAAUAACAGAGAGAAAAACAAAGGACAACUAAGCUGAACAAAGAUGCAAGGAUAAAAAACUAAAUUAAUCCAACACAAAACGAGGAACGAUUAUUAGAUCCUAUUCCGUAAUUUAUCGAAAGUAUAACUUCAGUAAGUGCAGAAAUAUUCAUAUCGAAGGAAAAAGAAAAGAAACCAAAAAAAGAGAAACAUCGCAAACAAUUAAUACAUUCAUCGUCGUUAUGUGUAGAGCCGUGUAGCCGAGGAGGGUUAAUGAGUUUCGAGAGGGGGUUAAUGAGUGAAAAUGUGGACCUAGUGUUAAAUUAGUUUUGAACCCAGCCCUCAAAGGGAAAACCGGCAUGCGAGUGCGGCAUCUACAAUCCGAGCGCACUUUGAGCCUGGUGUGGCGUUACCAUGAAGUUUCGGGCCUUCUGAUGACUUUACCGGUAGCCUAAACCUCAAGAUCGUGCAUUUUAAGUCGUUGCGUUUGGUUUUAUCUUCAAGAAUUGUCUCGGUGUGGAUUUGGCGGUGAGAUCAAGCUUCCUGGUCAGUUGUAAAGAAAGGUGCUCCACAUGCAUUGACGGUUCUCCACGCUUUGAGUUCUAGUUUGAGAUGGUGAAGAUGAAGGUUUGCAUCGGUUUAGGUACAUUGUUCGUAGAGAGUAGCGACAAUAAGCUUAGUAAGGGUGAAAGCAACACUCCACUUCACACACGAUGAAUCCAGUAUGAUUUCCGUUUAACGAUAUGGACAGAACCUUUGGGGCUCAGUAUUGCCGUGGUAUGAAAACCUAGGAUAGCGUAUUAAUGCGCUCACGUCAGAAGCCAUCACACGUUAUAGAAGCAGUAUUAUAAUGUACAGAGUAACACGUUCAUAUGACGCCAUGUGUAGACGUGGUUUACAUCGAUUCGUUUUAAUGAUUAAAAUUUCCGUUCUCUCCCAGUCUCGAUGCGCCGUUCAGUUAGAAAGAAGGUAGGAAGGAUCGGUUUAGGUGAGCUGUCUCCAGUUUUUGUUUCCCAAGACCCUUGUACUACUGCACGCAUAACGUAGUCAAAAUAGACAGGCACGAACUGCAUGCAUUGGUUUGGCAAAAAAAAAAAACAAACAAAGGAAUGACCAAAGGCAAAACGUUUGGAAGCUGUCGUUCAAAUAUAAAUGUGUCAUUAUCAUCCUCAUCCUCACUGUGCAAAACUACACAUACACAUAUAGCGUUACAAAUACUGACGGAAACAGAAAGGGCGGACAGUUGCGAGUAGAACCUUAUUUUAGUCUAAGUAACAAUCACAUCGAGUUCGACGAUAGUAGAACAAACCGAGUAUCGAGAGCCAUUGGAAGUUGUGCGGAAAGGCGUCGACGGCACUGUACGCAAGACACACACACUUACACUGAGUCGGUGUACACAGUCCGCAAUUCAAUUAAUCCCGAUGAUAAUUCAGUGUUUACAGAACAAUCGACGUGUAUGGGUGUGCGUAAGUGUGUGCGUGUGUGUAUACGUUCAUGUUUUAAAAGGUAUUUCUCACAUCUCUAAUCUCGAAGCCCGAAUAUGCAUCUACAUGUGCCUACUCAACAGCAGCAGUAGUGGGAGACUGGAAACAAAGCAGAUUAUUCGCGUCCCGCAGAUAUGGAGACGUCCCUCUCUUCUUUCGCUUAAACUAACUGGUUAACACUGCACACUUCGCGGUUCACGUGAGCGAAGGAUCGUCGAGUAACGCUACGUAACGCAACGUUACCUUUGGCUGUUGGCAGCCGCAGCUGUCCUUUGGCUUGUUCACAUGCAACUGUUUAAGUACGCACUCGUGCAAAUUGGUACGAACGGCAUGCAGACUCGUUUCUUACACAUCUUUUUGACCGUUGGCAUUCGCUCUAACUCGCACAGCUUCACUUCCCUUUUUUCGGAGAUCAUUGAUCUUUCAAGUAAGGCAAUUUUUUAAACCAACAAUGUUUGGUUUUUUGCAGCAAGGAAGCUGUCAAACUGCAUAGCUGCACUAGUCGACCUUGCUUUGUACUGUUUGCAAGAUUUAAAGAUGAAAGUUUUCCACUCAGUCCAGUCGGUUGGCACGGAUUUUUUGCACAGAUUUGCCGUACAGUGCAGACGAGAACUAAUACAAAAAAAAAGCAAACCUUGAACCUGCAUCUCGCAGCCAAUAUUUAUGAAAGCCGAAAUCAGCAAAGCCGCAUCAGAAACGUAUCAGAAUGAAUGGCCGAAACCGAAGCAACGCAAGCGACCCCGCACAGUGGAGUGGAGAUGAGGAAAUUUGGAGGAUGCGUACGUAAUGCUAGUACUGUUUCUUAACCAACCGGCCGACGAAAAAGCGAGAGCAAAAGUAAAUUAUUGGUCAUCAUAAUUGUUGUCAUAAUUAAAAGUAUAUAUAUACAUAUAUAUAUUUAGCAAAAUAUAUACGAGGAAAAUCUGGUCCUAUAA